AGUUGAUUCAAGCCCUGUAAUUUAACCAUCACUACUUCAAGUAACUGUAUACAAAUAGUCAAUUUUUGAAGACAGUAAUAAUUGAUCAUCUCUUCUUACCACAUCGGAGGUUGAUUCCUUCGUAUUCUGCGCUAAACUAGCAUAGUUAUAAAUUUGCAGACUUCCUCCUUCGAGAGAUUCCUACUCAGUAUUAUUCUGGAAAUUCAAAAUUUAUUGACUUUACGGUCCAUCAAUUUGGUUUUCUUCUUAGCUGUGAAAAGGACAAACUUGGGUGAAGUCGUCCACUUAUACCUAGUACGCUACAUAGAAACAAUAUUGAAUUUCUAUGACUGGAAUCCCCCUUAUUGACCUUUUUGAUUUAAAUAAUAAUUCUGUAUUGCUGUAAUAAUGGAGGAUCCAGAGGUCCCGAAGAAAAAUGACGAGAAAUGCCCGCUUUGUCGAGCUGAUCGUUACUUAAACCCCAAUAUGAAGUUGCUCAUAAACCCAGAAUGCUAUCAUAAAAUGUGUGAAUCUUGCGUCGAUAGAAUCUUUACUACAGGACCAGCUGCUUGUCCAACUCCAGGAUGCGGCAAAAUUCUCCGAAAAGCUAAAUUUCGUGAACAGACCUUCGAAGAUGCACAAAUUGAGCGGGAAAUUGACGUACGCCGGAGAAUUGCAAAAAUAUUUAAUAAAGGUCAGCAAGAUUUUGGUUCCUUACAAGAAUACAAUGACUACUUGGAAGAAGUUGAGAAUUUAACUUUUAACCUUAUCUAUCAAUUUGACGUCGAAGAAACAGAAAAAAAGGUUCAGCAAUACGAAAAACAAAACCGCGAGUCGAUUGCACUCAACUCUGCACGAGCUGCAGCAGAAUCUCGAUUACUUGCUCAAAAUGAAAUCCUGUUAAAGAAACAGAAACAAGAAGCUAGAGAUGCCAUUAUACGAGAACAUGAGUUGGAGCGAGAACGGCGAGAACAAGUCGAACAGCAAAUCAUUCAUGACUUGGCUACGUCCGGUAAAGAUCCAAAUAAGAUUGUGAAACUUACAGAGACGCUUAAGAAGCAUCGGGAAAAAAGGGAUUCUCCAAAGCCAAUUUCUUCGCAAUCUUCUGCUGCAUAUCCCGAUCUUCAAAACCUGGCACAACAAAGGCUCAAAGAAGAGCAGAUGCCUUUCAGCCCGCUUGCAGGUGAACGAAAUACAAGCAAAUAUUAUGAUUAUUCUAUAGAGAACUAUAAUGACCCCUUUCUGGAUAAAAUUGCCAAGGAACCCAAUCGGUCAAUUGGUUUUAGAGUUGAAGAUUGCCAUCUUCGAUGCUUACAUGAAGCGUUCAGUGGACUUGAUUUCGAUCUUGCAAAAAUUAACCCUCCAGUCAAGGACGACUCGAAGGCGCCGGCAGCCAUGAUUAAUACUUCAUAACCAUUUUUUUGCAAUAAAAACAUUAUGACUUUUUUAACUACGUUUGAUCAAUCACAAAAACUUUUUCCCUAA